AAUUACUCAUCUGCACAUGGAUUUGAAGUAAAGCUGAUGUUUCAUUGUUCUAGGAUUGAUAUUAUUUUGACAACUUUGACGUAAUGAUUUUUUAGUGCUUUUACUAAUAUAACUCCCUUUUUAUAUUUAUUAAUCAGUCGUUCUGUUUAUUUUAAAAUAGCACAAAGCUUCCAAGUAGUGUGCUAUGAAAAUUUCAAGUUAAUAUGGGCGACGGUUUAAAGUUAUCUAAAGAUAAGCGUCAUAGGAGCUCCAGCAGUCUGUCUGGAGCCGUGUUAGAGGGAACACGUUCCGAACGCAAACUGGACAUGAAGGUUUCUAUACCGGAAAUAGAUGACCAGUUUGCGACAGCUGAAGUACGGUGCGACGACCUUCAGGAGAAAAUUGAUUUAAUAAAAUCUUUAAAAAAGAAAAGGAAACUGAAAAAACGAAGCAUGACUAAAGUAACAGACCAGCCAAUGACACCAGAAAACGUUCCAUUUAUAACUGUGCGUACGCAACCGAAGAAAACUUUGCUGAUUACAGAGGUGUCGCAGCAAGCUGCAAGACUACGUCGGUUAGAGGUGCCGCCGAACCCUACACGAGGCUACCUGGACCCUGCUACCGUGGAACAACACCGGAUGAUCGGCCAAGUGCGUGGCUACAACCAAACAUUCAAGCCACAGCAAGAACGCUUUGGGCAGAUCCCUCCCCCAACCAUGGACCACCGUCUGUUUCCAAAACUGCGGCAGCAAAGGUCGCAGGCUGACGGUGACAGUAUGGGUGGUCAGAGCCAGCCGCCCAACGAAGGGUUGGAGGUAGCUUGUGGACAAGAUGACGCGGGUGAGGAAUAUUCUAACUUCGACGUCUAUAACCGACCGUCUAACUACCCAGUUGCUACUACUAAGAAACCUACGGAUUUGCGUCAAAUUAAGCAAACUGCGAGUCGGCGACGGCACGUUCCCAAGGAAACAAUACCUAAAGAAGUUGGAACCAAUCAAGUCUUGGAGGCCUGGCAGACCGGCGCACAGGGUGAGCUGCCGAUAUCUCGCCCUCGGCGACGAACCACUAAAAAUCAACAAUCUACUGGUGUAGAUGAAGUGACAGUAAUUGACAAAGGGGAGGACCGGCCAGUGGUGGAACUGUUCAACAAGAGCCGGAAUGGUCCCAUGGACACACGGAGGCUAGCUGCCGCGGCGCCGGCACCGGCACCCCUAGUGUCUCUUGCGCCCCAUGACAAGAAAACCAAAAAAGUUCGCAGUUCAAAGUACGAUGAUGAUACUGCUCAGAUUGAAGACAUUUCACAGGAACCAAAAAAGGUAAAUCAUGAAGGAUCGCAUCAUCCUCGCCGCAUCAAAUAUAGGAGUCGUCGUUAUGAGCUGCCAACAGUAGCGUCUCAGAUGAAGCAGGCUGGCAUGCGGUACUACUACGGAACGUCAAACCACACUAACAUACCGUUUGUAGUGAGCAAGAGUACAGCGCCCUCACACAACAUCGGCGUCAACAUACAACAGGUGUUAAAUGGUCUUAAAAUACAACAACCAUUGUCAGGCAUACCUCUGACGAUAGCGCAUCACAUGGGUUUAAGCCACGUACCAGCGUAUGGAGCGAAAAGUACAGUUGUAGAGCCAUCUCUAGACCACCGUGAGAUAAAUGCGAUCCGAGUUGGUCGGCGGCUGCUACGACUACCGUCCUACAAGUACAUGUCCUACAACCGACUGUUGAGCCUCUACCGCGAGGGAGAUGGCAUGGUGCCCAGGUUUCUACGGGCCAUAUCACGUCCUCACUAUUUCUACACCUCCAUGUACAACAGCCUCGCGACGAACCGAGAAGAUUUUGAUGGAGCGACGUCGAAAGGUCGUGGUGGUAGUCAGGAAGCAAAACAGAGUCUUGCAGAGUACGCCAGUUUAUAUCGGGAGUACGAACAAGUUGAUAAGUGCAUCAAGGAAGGCAAUUUCGAGCCUGAACUAGAGCGUCGCAGGGACGAGCUCACGAGAGAGUUGGCUGCCCGCGAAGAACAUAUACGCAGAGUGGUUCAAGAAUAUCGAACAGGCGGUGAAGCAGACCCAAUCUUACGCGCAUCGGCUUCAACGGCUGAAGAGGGUUACCGGCACUCUUCCUUUAAGUUGGGGGACACUCAACAGUAGACAACGCCCUAACCGUCGCUAGGUUCGCUUCGUUUUCUAUGUUUCACUUGAUACAACAAAAAAACCCGAAUACAUAGUUUGCGCUCAAAAAACGUCCUCAUAAUAAACCUAACGCAAUAAAAGUGACUCGAACCUGUCAAUGAAAAAAAUAUCAAUUUUAUUUAUCAAUAUUUAUUUAUGUAAAAAUUGUAAAAUAUUGGAAAUAAAUUGUUAUAAAUUAAGGAAUAUACCGCUUCCCGUCUGCGUAAUAUCGGAUUGGAAUAUAUUUGUUUAUUGUAUUCACGCGUCUACAUGCUAAGUUCGAAAAAUUGUCACAUUUUAAUACCUGCAUCGUCUUCAUCGGAGCUGUAACAUCCUUUUGAGUCUACUUUUACACCCAUUGAACAUUAUCAAAUACUUUAUUAUUUACUUUUUUAUGAAUCUUGAUUGUAAAGUUUCCUUAAAUGACUUCAGCUUCUGUACCACGUAUAUAGUAUACUAUUAUGCUUUAUGCUUAGGAAUUUUCUUAUUUUCCUUUUUUUACUUUUCUAUUAAGUUGUAGCCCAUUUGUAAUACCUUGUCAUAUAUUGUUGUACAUAUAUAGAUUACCAUUAUGAUGGCCACCUAUUAAUACUGCUUAAAACUGUUACGAAAUGGGUAGGUGUAAUCAAGUAUUUUAGCCGGAUGAAAUCAUUUGUGCAAUAAAAUAAGUUUCAGCUCAAUAAGAAUAAUUGCAAUAGUAGCGAUAGUUUCACUACAAAUGUGCAACUGUUUGAUUGCUCGAGUUAGUUUCACGUACAAAGGUUUCGGCGGACGUUUUUAAAGUGCAUUUGUUUGAAAAUUUCGGGUACGCUCCGUGUGGACUGCACUGCCUGUCCGGGAGCACGCCUCACUCGGGGAGCACCUGUGACUGUCAGCCUGUUGUGAUACUUGCCUAGGCUUAGCUUGACCCAGCUCAGGACUACUCUAGGGUAUUGUAUUAUUAGCUGUGUACGAAUGUUUAGUGACGCAACCGGUCCCAUAUUGUUGUCCCGAUUAAUUUUGACUGGUGUUUGAAAGCAUAUUGAUUGUUACGUCGAAUAUAAAUUAUAAAUGUUAUCUUAACUUUGUUGGCAGAGAGUAAAAGUUUGUGAAUGAUGUCAUGUUUUAAAGAA